AUUCCCAAUUCCCAUUUCCCAGUUUAUAAUUAAAAAAAAAAAAAUAAAAUAAUGAAGUGAAAUAGUAGGUAGAUAAAAGGUAUAUUAAAUUUAAAAAUUGUAUAUUCGUAUAACAAAUAUUAAAUAGUCCAUACAUCAUUAUCAUUGAUAGUUCAAUUAUAUAAUAAUUAUAGUUUUCUAAAAUGGCUAGUUUCAAUAAUUCCGAAGAAAUUAUUUAUCAUUAUAAGAUAAUACUAAAUAAAACAAAAAAAAAACUAUUUAGAAAGCUAAACACAUUGGAGCCAAGUGACCAAUUUGCCAAACUAGCAAAUUUUUGCCAAAAGAAUGACAAACAUGAUUAUGCUGCUUUGUGUUGGCAAGCUGUGGCUAAAUGUGAAGAGUCGAUGGAUCACAACUGUGAACAAGCUCUUGCUCAUCAAAAAGCAGCCCGACAGUUUUUUUCAGAAUUUAAGAAGACUGAAUCAUCUGGUUUAAUAUCUCCUUAUAAUGAAAAUUUACAAGCUGGGCUAAGUGAAAUGAGACAUGCCGAGGAUAGUUGGCAGGGGAACUCAUUUGAAAAUAUUUUGAAAACUUCGAUUCGUCUAGAAACUGCUGAAACUCUUGUAGGUUUAGGUAAAUUGGAUGAUGCAGCUUUUAUUGGAAGUAGUUUGAUUGAUGUGCCACAUGAAUGUCAUACACUUAAAUUGGCUAUUCUUGAACAAAUAACUUCCAUUCAAAUUCUUUCUGAAGAUUAUGAAGGUGCUUUGUUAACAUUCACAGAAAUCGCAAAUACUAUUUCUUGCAUAGAUAAUGAUACAAUUGGUAUUUAUAAUGAUAUUUUAUUCAGAUGUGAAAUAUCACGAGUGUUCUUACUGCUUAUACUGAAACCUACUCGUCAAAAAAUGCCAAGUGAUUUAGCUUCAGUGUUGGAGAAAUACAUGUGGAUUAAUGGAAACUUUGAUUCUCCAGUUCCUUAUAUAUCAGAUAUAAUGUUCCGUCUUCUUCGUUCAUUGGUAAAAGCAUAUCAGCUUGGUGAAACUACCUGUUUAGGUACAAUUGAAUCUGAUUUCACUCCACAUCUAACAUCAGAACAAAGACAUUUAUUAGCAGUAUUAAUCAAUACACUGACAUAGCUUCAUUUUUUAUACUAUCUAAUUAUAUUUAUUAUUU